AGUUGUGCGCUGGUUCCCGGAAGUUGUUUUUAAAUGUAUCGCGUCCAUUAUUUUUCUUCAAUGUGACACUGUUUUGUGAAGGUGGUUGUCUUGAAACAUGUUUCUAACAGCGGUAAAUUUGGCCAGGGGCAAAUCCAAGACGAUCCUGGUUCAGAUGGUGAGUGCUGCCGGGACGGGCUACUGCUUCAACACCAAGAGGAACCGGCUCCGCGAGAAACUGGUGCUGCGCAAGCACGACCCGAAAGGUGAGGGAGCGGGAGCCGGGAUCCGUGGAUGUGCUCUCGCGCUCUCCGGCUGGCGCCGCAGGAGGAGUCCGUUCCUUCUGCUUGUGCCAGAAAGGCCGCGAGUGUUGAUUGUGAAUACAGGAGCCCUGCACGUGCUCUCAUCAUCCCUGUCUGCCCAAAACACAAUUAAGCAGCAGCCCCUUUCUGUCAUCUAUAACUAAACAUGCAUUAGUUAUUGGCCUCCAGCUCCCCUCAAUCUGCAUCCACGCAGUCAGCUUUCUCUGGCUGAGAGCACAACGGAAUCAGGGGACCCCGAGGCCUGUCGGAGCUCCUGCAGGAGCUAGCGGCAAAUGUGUGCCGCAGGGCUGUUGCGCUUGUAGGCUUCAGGCCGGCGGACCUGUUUGUCCUUGGCAGUUGGGCCUCGUUUGGUUCUGGCUGUAACUAGUUUUAGCUGCUCAGCUGACUUUGUGAUUUCCUGCGCCAGCUGGACAUUAGAAGAUGCAAUCUGUGACUGGUAUGUAUGCCCUUCUGCAUUCUGUGGUUAAGUAUAUUUUCUAUACUUAUUAUAAAAAGGCCUUUGAGAAAGAUUGAAAUGACAGUGCAUCAGCAGGAGAAGAUGCAUGUUUGUGUGCUGCUGUUAUUCUCUCUGAAAAAAGGCCUUUUUCAUCCAAAAUAAAUGCAUUUUGAAACUGCGUUGAACUGCGCUGUGGCUUCAUACAGCAGCAGAGGGGAUCUGCGGAGCAACAGAGAGCCGAGUGAAUAAUUGAAGCCCAAGUCAUGUGGGGGACAUUCCUUAUGAAAUCAGUCACCUGCUGACCUGAUUUAAAUGAAAAUGUCCGGAAACGUUUGAUCAGCUGUUCAGGUGACGGAGAAUCUCAAAGAUGAUCCAUUUUGAACCCCCCCUACUCUAGUAUAAGCUAUAUCCUCGCUGAUA